AUGGAGAUAACUAUAGACGAACUAGAGCAGAACACAGCUACGGAUAUCUUCAAUGACACCAAUGACACUUUGAACGGUUCCAUCGGCUAUCCCGAACUUCCGUAUUACUUGACAUUUAACGAGGACUCCAUCCGAGAGGUGGUCCUUUACAGUCUGAUGUUCGUUAUGGCAGCAGGGGGGAACAUUCCGGUACUGGUCACCCUAAUUCGCAACAGACACCGGAAGUCCAGAGUGAACCUCAUGAUCAUGCACUUGUCCAUUGCCGACUUGAUUGUGACAUUUGUCAUGAUACCUCUUGAGAUUGCUUGGAGGAUUACAGUGGCUUGGAUCGCUGGGAAUGUUGUCUGCAAGAUGAUGUUGUACAUGAGAGCGUUCGGACCGUACUUGUCCUCGAUGGUCCUUGUAUGCAUCAGCUUGGACAGAUACUUUGCCAUUUUACAUCCGCUGAAAGUCAACGAUGCUCAAAGGAGAGGGAAGAUCAUGCUGACCCUUGCUUGGGUCAUCAGCAUUCUUUGCAGCAUUCCACAGAGUGUAAUAUUCCAUGUGGAAAGCCAUCCAGACUACCCCCAAUUUCUUCAAUGUGUCAGCUUCAACUUCUUCCCAACACCAUACCACAAAAUGGCUUACAACAUAUUCUGCUUGUUCGCGCUCUAUGGUGUACCACUGGCCAUUAUCAUCAUUUGCUAUUCCAGGAUACUAUGGGAGAUAUCCAGAAGAUCCAGAGACACAGAAGUCCACAUUCUUUUAGAUGACCUUCCUAAAGAGCCUCAGUAUCGCCGCCGGUUAUGCCUCCGCCGCUCUGACAUCGCACACAUCGAACGAGCCAGAGCAAGGACUCUCCGGAUGACCAUCAUCAUUGUCCUGACCUUCUUCUGGUGCUGGACUCCAUACGUAGUCAUGGUUCUGUGGUACCUCUUCGACCCGGUAUCAGCCGACAAAGUCGACUCCCGCAUCCAGUCCUCCCUUUUCAUGUUUGCAGUCUCCAACUCCUGUGUCAAUCCCUUGGUGUACGGAAGCUACGUCCUCAACUUCAAGCAGAUGUUCAAAAGGUGUCUGUGCAGGCAUCCGGGCUCUAACACUGGUUCUGUGAACCAAACUCAAGUCACCACUCCGGCUAGAAGAGCCGCUAUUGGAGAACCAGUUCAGCGUGCCAUUUCGGUGCAUCUCAAUCUAAAUGGUGUGGGUACUUAUCCUAGCUUGGUGGUCAAAAAAGAGGUGCAAUUUUCAUCCGAUUUGGAACGAUGCCAGUGUAGUAACAGCUAUGAUGUACUCCCCACUACAUCUAAGUUUCCAAGUUGUACAAACCAGACAAAAGUAGAAGCAAUGAUACACAGUGCAGGUGAAUGA